GUCAGCAAAGAGACAACUUGAAAACAUGGAGUUACUGAACCUUUGAGAAGAAUUUCUUUUGAAAAUAUUUAACAUGGAUGGAAUUGCCUUCAGCACAUCUGUCAGAGCGAGAAAAGUACACAGUACAUUUUGUUCUGUAACUUUGAUUAUUCUCUGGCAAAAAAGGAAACCACAUAGGAACCGUUAACCAUCAGUCACUUCAUGACAAGAGACACUUCUGCUUUUAGGAGAGCGUCUACAUCCUGGUUUAGUUUCGUGAAUCUCACAUGCGCACGUGUAAUCUAGUGGAUACAAACCUUCAGCAUGAGCAACAGUCUCCACAUAAAGACCUGCGGCUCAAAUAUGAAGCUCUUCAUCGCAGUCCUGAUGAUCAACCACUUCUGUGCUUUCUCACAAUUUAACCAUGAAGUUAAAUAUCUCAUAGGAUGCUUUCUAAAUGGCACAACUGAGGUACAGUUCGAAUUUGACUCUGAAGAGAUCUUGUACGUGGAUUUUGAAAACAGUUCAGUUGUAUACACUGUGCCAAGGAUUAUUUCAGAAGACCCGAGUCAUAUGUUUGAAAAUAUGCACGUGUUCAAAAAUGCUCUAAAAGCCAAGAGGUUCUGUCCAGCAGUUCUGGGAUUCUACGUAGUAGCGGAGAAAAAUCCACCAGAAGUUGAAGACCCACCUGAGAGCAUCCUCUACCCUGCAGAUGAAGUUGAGGCAGGAGUUGAAAACAGCCUCAUAUGCUUUGUCAACAAUUUCUUCCCACCUGUCAUUAAAGUCAGCUGGACCAAGAACAGUCUUCCUGUCUCCGAGGGGGUGUCGCUCAGUCGAUUUUAUCCCAACGAAGAUCAAACCUUCUACCAGUUCUCUACUCUGACGUUCACACCGAGGGAGGGAGAUAUUUACAGCUGUACCGUCGAACACACAGCACUGGAGAAGCCUCUAACAAGAAUCUGGGAACCUGAGCUCAGUCAUCGCGGUCAUGGACUGGAUGUUUACUGUGGAGUGGGUUUGAUUGUAGGUUUUCUGGGCGUCGCAGCUGGAACAUUUUUCCUUGUCAAGGGGCUCCAGAGAAAUUGAUUGUUGCCCUUAAAGAGAUUAUACACAACACGCUGGAGGUGAUCAUACAAACAUAAUUUUGGGAGAGCAGUAUGGUUGUGUUAGCUCAGGCACCCAGUGGUUAUUUAACUAUGUUUCAUUCAAAAUAGAAUAGAGAAGACUUAUUCCACAGCAGACAUAUUUGCUGUCUUCAAAUGAACCUCACCAGCUUGUGUUUACAAUAACUCGAUUUCAAGUGCUUACAUCAGACAUGAGUUACGAGACCGCUUCAAGGCAGCUGACGGCAUCUAACCAGCUAAUGGCUGAGCAACUUUUGAAUGGAAUGUAGGAAUAUAAAGGCAUGAUGUGGCUGUUGGGGACAUGUUGGGGACAUUAACAUUUUCCUCAGACAUAAAUGAAUAAUAUAUAACUUACACACACGUCAGUAUCUCUGUAAGUAUCAAGAAACUCGUCCCAACGCUGUACUAAUUGAAAAUGUUAACAUACAAGGUGGUGAAUGCUACAAUCUCACCUUGUUCUCAUGAUAUUUUCGUAGUGUUUUGAGUUCACAAGCUUUCUUUGUAAUCUUAGAAUAUAGGAUUACCCAGAUGAAGGCUAACGUGCCAGACUAAUACAACUAUUCUUGACAACUUCUUUUCCUCCUCAAUGCACCAUGGUAGCAGGUGACAUCACACCAGAACUACAGUUUAUUUCUAGUCUUAUAAUAUGUCAGAGGAAAAUGUCGCCUUCCAGCCAUGUUCCCAGGACCUAUGACAGAUGUUACCACUUGAAGCAACAAGCAACAUCACAUCCUGUAACCACAAGUGCACAAGUUCCAUUUGAAGGCAGCAACAGACUCAUGUUAGUGGGGAAAGCACAGGUGGAGCUGCUAACGUUAACAGUGGCUUUGUUCCAUUGAUUAUUCCAGAAAACCCGUGUAGUGAAGGCCAGACGGCCAGAAGCCAGAAGGUUUUGGGUUCAAAUCCAUCAGCUGAAACAGUCUCUAGGCACGACCCUCCAGAGGACAAACAGUUACAGAAAACGAGUAAAUGAAUGAAUUACACCUGAGCUUUUCCUGCUUUGCCAUAAAAGAAAAAAAAAAAAAUCCACUUGACAUCUUAAGUACAUUGAUGGAAGCAGAGAUAUUUCUCUCAUUCUUCUUCUUCUCUUCUGCAAAAUGUUAGGUUUGUUUUUUUUACUUACGAGUAACCAUACCAAGACUCUCGAACACGACACUAA